AUGCAACAAUCCUUCUUCCUCCAGCCAAGUAGUCGCCGUCUCUGUCUAAUUGUGAUCUCGCGCCCUGAGAAACGACGGCGAUGUUGUGGGGAGAUCGACGGCGACGCUCGAGAUCGAUCAUCACUAUUCCAAUCUCCUUCCCCUGUUUUUCCUCCCGGCACCACCCUCUGCCCAGCCACUGAACCCGAGGCAAGAAGAACGGACUGUGGCGGCGAUUUCGUAUCUCCUACUUGCCCAGCCACCGAGCUCUGCUUUCAGAACAAUGACGAUGAUUUUCUUGUAUGA